AUGGCUUCCUCGGAGUCCUCUGAUAGUCGGACGAACAGCCUAAAUACCACCAGUAGUCACAACGACGACAGCGUAACGCACAUAGAAAUGAAGGGAUGGCUGAUGAAAAGAUCGAAGAUGUCGAAGAAAUGGAAGAAACAGUGGUUUUUGCUAAAGAACACCGAACUUGCCUAUGGGGACACACCCGAGCAAACAUCUAAAAGAAUACCAUUGACCAAUUCAGAAAUCUCGGAGACCAAUAUAGACAAGAAGAACUAUGCAUUCCGAAUAAAAUCCAAAGAUAUCAAGCGAACAUUUUAUAUUCAUGCUGAUAAUGAAAACAUUCAGAAUGAGUGGAUGCAGGCAAUAUGUUUUGCUAAAGCAGCAGGGAGACAUGGCGAUAUGUCACAAGCAUGUGUGGUCCAGUGA